AUGCCGAGGGCGAUGGCUUUUUCUUCGGCUUUGCCGGUUACGUCUUGGGUAGACGGCUAUGGAGGAGUUGAUGCCGCUGCCUUCGCGGAAGAGGGUGCGGACGGUGCGGCCGGAGCCUUUGGGGGCGACGAGGAUUACGUCGACGUCGGGGGGGACGUCAACCUUCGUGAGGUCUUUGAAGACGGGGGAGAAGCCGUGGGAGAAGUAGAGGCCCGGCGCCGAUGUCGGGCGAGUCACGUGCAACCUCAUGCGGCGUCUGACUCAGCCAAAAACCGGAGCUUUGGAGACCAGCCAGACGAUACAACUUGUGUCAACGCUGCGAUGAGCAACCCCAACAGACACAUCGCGAUCACCUCGUCCUCCCUUCACUCCGCGAAGAAGGGGGCCCCCACGGCUGCCUCGGCUGCGACGGAUGCCCCUGGGGAGCCUCCCCAGCCCCUAAACAACGCGCCCCAGGACGCGACAAGCACUCAUAACAUCAUCCUCAGCGGACCGGCCUGA